GCCGGCCACUUUGGCACACGCUCUCCUCAUAAAACCCCUCGGUAUCUAAAGGCACGGAAUACCCCCCCUCUCUUUCUCUGUCUCUCUCUUUCUCUACGGAGCAACAAUGGCGUCUCUCUCUCUCCUCCUCUCCCUCUCGCUCCUCCCUCUCCUCCUCCCUCAGGCCCUCUCCCUCGCCUGCACGUCCCAGAAUCUCACCAGCACCGGCAAGCUCUACACCAACUGCAGCGACCUCCCCAAGCUCGGCGCCUACCUCCACUACACCUACGACGCCUCCAACUCCUCCCUCUCCGUGGCGUACGUCGCCGCCCCGUCGCCCGGCGGCGCCUGGGUCGCCUGGGCCAUCAACCCCGUCCUCACCGGCAUGAUCGGGUCGCAGGCCCUGAUGGCGCUCAGGAUCAACGGCUCCGUCGUCGCCAAGACCUACAACAUCUCCGGCUACCACUCGAUCGUCGAGUCGAAGCUCUCUUUCGACGUGUGGGACCUGAGUGCCGACGAGGUGAAUGGGACGAUGCGGAUCUUCGCGACGGUGAAGGUGCCGGAGAAGGCGGCGAGCGUGAACCAGGUCUGGCAGGUCGGCGGCAUCGUAAACGGGACCCAUCCGAGCAUCCACCUGCUGGAUCCGGCCAACAAGGCGUCGGUGGGGACGCUCGAGCUGGCCUCGUCGGAGACGAACGAGACCGCCUCCCCCGCUCCGGCGCCGAGCAAGAGCGGAGCGAGGGCGGGUCGGGGCAAUGUGGGUCUGUUGGCAAGUGUGAUUCUGUUGAUCGGGAGUGUUACGGCACUCUAGUUCAGUGAUUAAAGUGUUCCGAUUUGGAUCAGAUAUUAUUUUCUAUAUCAGUUUGCAUCUCUUUAUGGA